UGAAUUACCUGUCAAUAAAAUAUUAGAACAAUCGAGAACGACUAGAGUGAAAAAAUUUCAGCAGGCGUUUCGGCCACGGAUAAAGUUUGGAAUAUUGUAAAUAAACUUAUUAGAAGCGUUUGCAUAAUAACUUCAUCAUGACACGUGGAAAUCAAAGAGAUCUUGCUCGCCAAAAAGCCCAAAAGAAGCAACAAGAACAGAAUAAAGGCAAACGAACGGAUAAUUUGACUGUUGAACAAAGAAAAGCAAGAGAUGCCGAAGUAAUGCGUGAAAAACAGAAAAAGAAAGAAGAAAUAGCUGCUGCUGGAAAACCUAAAUAAUCGGCAAAAAAUGUGACUAGCCGACAAUUGCUAUGGGCAUUUAAGAGAUAUCAACUACCAGCAAACAUUGAAAAUACUUACGUAUAUACAUAUGUAGAUUAACAAUAACAAAUUAAUCUGCCGUUAAAACGAUGCUAUAUUGGGACAGUCAUAAGCGGAAGACGUCAAAAAGUUGACACAUUGCAAUAAUAGCUGAAAUAACAGUAAUGAAGCUACAUAAUAAUUUUUAUUUUAUUCAAUUCUUGUAGAUAAAUGCCAAACAUUAAUUCCCGUAGUUGAAGAUGCGAAUACAAAAUUCAUGCCAUCCAUAUACCCACACACAUACUUUUUACAUGCAAACGUAGUAUAUAUGUAUAUUUUUUAACUUUGCCAAUUAAGUAUGUUGUCUUUCUUCUGCUUUAUAUUUUCGCCCUUGAUUAUUGAUGUUGUUUUUAUAAGACUAAAUUUUAACGUAAUAUCAAAUAAAAACAACAUUUUGUAUAAAUUAAAUUUCGAUAUAACUAGGUAAACAAAAAAUCUUCACGAGAAGGCAGUCGAUCCGAAACAAGGGAGAAAAUGAGAGAGAAAUUAAAGAAUUCAAUUAGAGAUUAGUUACUUAGUAUUUUAAGAAGAUAUUAUGAAAACUUAUAUACAAAUAAAUAUGCGAAAACUAAGUUAAA